AUGCCACCACCAAACCUAAAGGCCCCUUGCACUGAGACUGAAGGCCGGGAGCGCCCUGUCUUGGGCUGGAGCGAAGGAAAGGACGAAGGCCGUGGAGGGGGCGUUAUAGUCCCCCGCGCCCCUUCCGGGCCAGGGGGGGCGGGGGUGGCGAUGCGGAUACGAACCCUUCAGUAUGCCCGACUCCUGGGCAGGGCCUGCUCCAGCCACGGAUGUCGCAGCCAGAUGGUUCGCUUUCCUGGCCGCGUCCUCACCCGCGCCCUACCUGGUCCCCAGGCCGGCGGGAUGCUGGGCGGCCUGGGCGCGCGCGCGCCCCGCCCCCCGCGCCCCGCGCGCCCCGCCCCUGCCCAUUCACCUGCUGUCGAGAACCGGACACCGCACGGCGGAAAGCUAGCCGCGGGGCCGCGCGGGCCGGCCGUCGGGGCCGCCGGGGCGGGGGCGCAGCCGGGACGGAUCCGAUUUCCACCUUUUCUCAAGCGCGCUGCUGAAAGUCGAGACGUCCCUGGCCCGGGAGCCAGCGUCGUCUCCUCCCCCCGCAACUCCCCGCGCACCCCGAAUCCCCCACUCCGGGAGGGGCCGCGAAACUGCACCCGCGAGGGCCUCAUACAUAUUUUAGGGAGCAGGCCCGGCAGGUCCGACGUCUCUCGGCCAGCUGUGGCAUUCCCCUUCUUCUGGAGAGAUCCCUUCACCCUCGCCGCCAGCGACCCACUCUGCCCGGAGUCGUGCGCCCCAGGAAGCAUUCGGGAUGCUGAAGCCUGGAGGAGUCGAAUUAGAGAGGGCGAGCCGCAGAGUGGAGGUACUGGGGCGGCAGGGAGACGGGGCCCCGCGGCUCUCAGCUCCCGGAGGACGCGAGUCCAGAACCCGCGGUCCGCGAGGGCGACGGGGGAGGGAAGCAAGGGGGCGCGGCCCUCCCGGGGUCGCAGCACCAGGUCUCCCGCCUUCCACGACCCGGUGACAUCCUCGCUGAGUUUUACCCCCGAGAAGGCGGCUGGUCGGGGGAACUGCGCGGCGGCCCGCGCCUUCCCGCCUGCACUGCACCCACAGCCGAGAGUCGGCCUAGGGCGCACCGGCAGCGUGGGGCCCCGGGUCCCAGCCCCGAGGCCCGGGCAUGGCUUUAGCGCUCGGGAGCCCCGAGGUACGACGCAGUUGUCUGCGACUGGUGGGGGAGGGGCCCGCAGCCUUCAACAGAUUAUCCAGAGUCGCCACCCCAAUUCGAGGGGAUGGAAUUAUCCGCCUUUGUUGGAUGAGGACGCGCAGCUGCUGCACGGGGAUGGGACGAUCCUUUCCCUGCUCGGAGGCCGCCGUGGACGGGGCGAUGCGUUCCGUCCCGGGGAGUGGGGACGCUUCUUCCUGGCUCACGGCUGGCUGCGUCUCCGGGGCGCGCGCCCCCCUGUGCCCGGCGCCUGCGGCGCGCGCUUCCCGACGGACGCCUCGUCCGUGCCGCGCUCCCCGCCGGCCCCGGCUCACGUGGCUCCAAGCCCCCGCGUCUUCGCCAGGGUCAGUCUUGCCGUUGCUGGCACUGGGGCUGGGGUGAACGUGGGCCUUGAGCCAACCCCAGGCCCUGAGGCCUCCAGGUCCCUCCUGGUGCCCAGCUGGGGAGGCCGAGAUGGCCGCUCGGCCACAGCCAGCACAUGCAUUAGUAAUGGCCACCGAUCCUGCUGGCCCUGCGCCCUGUUUCCAGAGUGGGGCAGUAACCUGAGCCUGGUCCCUGGGGCUGCCCAGCAUCACUGCCCUGAGCCCUGGGGCCCCAGUGGCAGCACUGGGUUUUGGAGUGACAAGCAGAUGGACAGUGGGGCCCGAGACCCUGGACCAGGCCCCAACCUGCAGGAGCUGGAAACACUGCCUACUGUGCUUGCCCCUCCCAUGGCCUCUUCCUCAGGCUGGGAUCUCCACCUGCCCUUCUGCCCCGGCCCCCUGCCUCCCUCCUCCGCGGAGGCUUCCCGCAACACUAGGGCUGCCCCAGGCUCGCCUCAGCCCCAGCCCUUUCCACAGGCGCUUAGACACAUCCAGUCCCGGCUCUGUCUUGCCCACCAGCGAGGCCUGGCUGCAGCCGUUCCUAGCUCCGCCGGAUCUGGGGAUCCACUCCAGCUCACUCACGUGGUCGUCUGCAGGCCCCGGCUCCUGCAGGCUGUUGGUUUAGGGCUCCGGCUCGUAGCCACGUGGGUCUCCAUAGACAGGGCGGCUCAGAACCCAUCAGCAGGCUUCCCCGAGCACGUGACGCAGGACAGACCGAGGGUGGAAGCCGAUCACCCUUGCACCUUCCUUCCCACCGCGCCUCCUGGCCAGCCAGGACCCCGACCCCCCGACCCCCGGUCCACUCCCACCGCCCGCACGCCCCGGGCUGUCGCAGGCCACCCAACGCCCUCCUGUCCAGCCAGGCCCGGAUUCAGCCCCCUCCUCCAGGAAGCCCCUCCUCGGCCGGGCACACGCCCCGCAGCGGCUCCAGCCGGGGCCGCAGAGCGGGACCCGGGCGCCCCCUUCUGGCAGAGCGGCGACGCGGCGCCCUCGCCCUCGGACCCGCAGUCACAGUGA